AUGGCGACGACGACGUCGAGCGAAGCGAACGACGAAGACGCGCGGACGGAGGAGGAGGGCGACGAGGACGAGGACGCGGUGGAGACGGUGGACGACGAGGACGCGGUGGAGACGGUGGACGACGAAGCGACGACGACAAAGACGACGGCGAAGACGACGACGACGAUGCCGACGGUGGAGGAUGUUAACGCAGAAGAUGCGGAUGAUUCCAUCACCGAAGGCGCCGGGGCGGAGGAAGUGCGCUCGGCGGACGCGGCGUUCGAGUCCGAAGCCGCGCCGACGCGAAGCGUCGGCGCGGAGAAACAGCCGAAACCGUCCGCGGUUGCGCGCGCGGGCGCUGAUGAAGCGGAUGAAGCCGAUGGAGAAGAGAUCGAAGGGGGCGAAGGCGAGGCGAAGGAAGACGAGGAGGAAGAGCUUUCGGAAGAGGAGGCGUUGGCCAUCAUCGAAAAGGAGAUGAAGGAUCGCUUGAAGGCGCUGUACGGCGAACCGACUGAAAAGCAAAAGAAAUGGGUAUCAAAGGUGAAAGAAGUUCACAACCUCGAAGGCGCGGCGAGCUUUACCGAGGAUGACACCACGUGUGGCUCCACGGGCGGGCUCGCGGUUUUUACGAUUUGGCAUCACGUGCACGAGUUGGCUCGCGAUGCCAUCGCGACGUUCGUCGGCGCCAAGGCGGAAGAGUCCAACUCUCCGCACUCUCUCUUGUCUCUUCGCGCCAAGGCUUUGAAACUCGUCGCGGCGUACGAUUUUGAGUUCAAGGGUACGGGUAAAGCGCGCAAUGAAUGCAUUGCAAACUAUUUCACUCGACAAAAGGUGCACGAAGUGGUCACGGUUCUGGAGCGACAAAAGGAAGAGAAGCACGCGUACGCGCACAAGACGUUUGAUCACACGAUCCACGAGGACGACACGGAAGACGACUCGGCCGAAGCGAUCGAAAUGCGCGAACGUCGCAUCGGUAGAGUGGCGUACGAGCUCAAGAAGACCAUCAUCGGUCAACUCGACGCUGUCGAAGACGAAGCUGGCGGCGGCAAAGAUGAAGCCGACGAACAAGCCGGCGGCACCACGCUCGUGCUCGCGUUGAACUGCCGAGCGCAACAUCAGCAUCGACUGGUCGCGGCCAUCAUGCACGCCGUUCGCGCGCGAUUCGGUCUCGGUGUCGCUGAUUUCACUCUCGUCGUGGGUAAGAAAGCCGUGAACGACGAACUCACGACGUUGAUUGGCGAAUCCUACGAUUCGCUCAUGAGCAAGCGAACCGACUCGUCCGCGUCUACCGACGCCGUGAAGUCGCGCGUGGCGGUGUGCCCGGACUUGCCCGGUAUCGCUUUUUCAGAAAAAGAAGAACAACCCGAGCGUGAACUCACCGCCAUGGAGAAAGCCAUGCGCGAAGCCGAGGAUCACGUCAUGCGAGAACACCAAGCCACCGGCGACCCGACGAACCCGCAGCACAUGAACGCCGGUGGCGACCUCGGCAUGCAGGCGCUCCCGGGGAUGCCCAACAUUUUCGACAGUAAGAAUGCGGGGCAUACAUCAGAUGGCAGUGCUCGCAAGGAGGCUCGAGCGCACUUCGGGCUCAGCGACCGUCAAAUUGGCUCGCACGACACCCGCCAUCUCGGCGGCGGCGCGUCGGCGGCGUCUCGCCAACCGUCGCGCCAGCCGCAGACGCGCCAGCGAACUCAAGGCGGUUUCAACGCGUUACCGAAAAUGAACGAUCCUUUGGAUUCAUAUUUAAACGCUCCGUCGUCGUCGUGCCGAACGCGCGUCGAGUUUGGUGACGACGUCAACGUCGAUACUGCGUCUUUAUCGUCGCGUCGACGCGCGUUGGGCGCGUUUGCGUGCGCGUCGCUGAGCGUCGCGAUCUCACUCACGUCGACGUCGACCGAAUUCGCCGCGCGCGCCGACGACGAGGACGAAGAACUCGCCGAGCUCGAGGCGAACAUGAAGCGCGUGAUGGAGACGAAUAGCGGCGAGCAGACGUUUGUGCGACAGAUUGGUUUACGCUCGAGCGAUAAGGCGAAGGGUGUUCGAGCGUGCACGUUUGAAGUGAGUAGUUUGUGGCGCGUCGACGGUGCGCGCGUGGUAGACGCGAUGACGACGGAGUGGGGAACGAUCGUGGACCCGGUGAACGGGGAGGCGGUGCAAGGCGCUCGAGCGUUCGCGACGCCAGACUUUGGGGUGAAGUCGAUCGAUGAUUUAGGGAAGCCGGAGAACGUGGCGGUGGCCAAGGUUUUGGGACUAGAUGGGGAAGAUUCGUACCGUCGAGCCGACAUGCUCGGCGCGGCGAAGCGCGUCGACGCGAGCACGGGACAAGUAUAUUACGAUUGGGAACUCGUGGCGUCGCCGCCGGCGAAGUCGUGUCCGAGCGCCGUUGGGUGCUUGUACCCGGAACAUAUUUAUCUCAUCUCCGCCUCCGUGCUCGAUGGUGUGCUUUACGUGCUUAGCUUGGAUGCGACGCCCGCGCAGUGGCGCGUGACUGGGAACUCGGUCAAACGCAUUCGCAACUCGUUCACCGUCGGCGUGGCGGACGAAGCGCCGACGUCGCAAAUCGUCGACGCGGCGACGGCGUGA